AUGGCGGGCUGGUGGCCGGCGCUGCUGCGCGCGGCCCGGCGCUACCCGUGGCCCACGAACGUGCUGCUCUACGCGGCGCUCUUCUCCGCCGGCGACGCGCUGCAGCAGCGACUGCGGGGCGGUCCGGCGGACUGGCAGCAGACGCGGCGCGUGGCCACCGUGGCCGUGACCUUCCACGCCAACUUCAACUACGUGUGGCUGCGUCUGCUGGAGCGCGCGCUGCCCGGCCGUGCGCCGCGCACCGUGCUGGCCAAGGUGCUGUGCGACCAGGCGAUCGGCGGGCCCGUGGCCGUCUCGGCCUUUUAUGCCGGUAUGAGUAUUCUCCAGGAAAAGGAUGACAUAUUUUUGGACCUGAAACAGAAAUUUUGGAAUACAUACAAGAGCGGUCUGAUGUACUGGCCUUUUGUGCAGCUGACCAACUUCGGCCUGGUUCCUGUUCACUGGAGGACAGCUUACACUGGACUCUGUGGUUUUCUGUGGGCCACCUUCCUUUGCUUUUCACAACAGAGUGGCGAUGGCACAUUCAAGUCGGCUUUUGCCUUCCUUCAUGUAAACGAGGCCAGUGUGCUUGAAAGGCCCCCCAAGAAAUGAGAAGCCAAGGACUCCCUGACAAUGACAGUUUUCUUUUUCUUUCUUU